UGAGAUUGAUAAAAAAAUAUUUUGGAAAAUAAUAUAUUUGAUUGAAAGUCACCUUGGUAUAAGACUUGACACAUUUGAAUGAAGUCUUAUAUAAUUAUUGACUAAUUGUGUGUUUCUAAAAGGGGUACGCAGAGCACAUGGAACUAAAUUUGUAAUACUUACCACUGAAUCAAAUUUUAUGAAACGUAUUCAAUCUGACCAUGUUGCACGGAGCUCAGGCCAUAAAGGUGGUUUUCUACCUCAUAAUAAUAAUUAUAGAAGAAUUAUGCCACGCUUCUGUAACAGAGACUACAUUGGACCCUGCAUCACUCAGACCCGUAGUGCAUACCCCUGCGGGUAGUUUCAGAGGUCUUCAGGCCCAGGACGGGAAUUACUCUAUGUUCCUGGGUAUCCCGUAUGCGAAAGUAGAUCCUGACAACAUUUUUGGUCCAUCUAUACCAGUCCGCUUUGAAAACAUAUUUGAAGCAGUCGACGAUUCAGUAAGGUGUCCUCAAGUAGAAGAAUUUAACAAUACAAUAAUGGGAAAACUUGACUGUCUUCAUAUCAACAUACACGUACCACACAGCGCCAGUAUUGAUAAUCCCUUGCCUGUCAUGAUCCACUUAUAUGGAGGAAGGUUCCAAUUCGGAUGUGCGGCUAGAGACACUUAUGGACCACGUUUCUUAAUUAGACAUGACGUCAUUGUCAUCACAUUUAACUAUCGCCUUGGCCCAUACGGAUUCUUUUGUCUCAACACUUCAAAAGUACCAGGAAAUCAGGGUUUAAAAGAUCAAGUGCAAGCGCUAAGGUGGAUCAAAGGAAAUAUACGAUAUUUUGGCGGAGACGACUCCAAGAUCACUGUAGAGGGAAGCAGUGCAGGUUCAAUGUCUAUUGAUCUUCAUCAGCGCUUUCUCAACGAACCACUUUAUAGCAGAGUGAUUUUAAAAAGCGGCACUUUAUUGAGUAAUGGAGUAACUCAACGUGGUGAUUUAGAUGCUCCUUUGAAAUUAGCAAAGCAAUUGAAUUAUACAACGAAUGAUAUUAAUGAUGCUUUGUUGUUUCUCAGCAGAGUAGAUCCACAUGAACUUAUUGCUGCAACAACAGAUUUGGAUUUGUUUGUUGGACCGUGUGUUGAAAAGAAAUUCGAAAAUGUUGAUAACUAUAUAACGAGAUAUCCACCUAAUGUGAAAAAUAUAAGAGACGUCGACGUUUUGAUUGGUUUUACUAAUGACGAAGGAUUUGCAGGAAUAAUUCCAAUGGGAAAAGAGGAAUAUGAAAGUAAAGACUUUGUGUCUGAGCUUUUGGAUGCUUAUUAUGAUUUUAGAAAUGAAAGUAAACUUUCAAAAGAAGUUAAACAGAUAGUCCAGAGGUUUUAUUUUAGCGAUGACAUUAAUGAUGCAAAUAAUACUCCUAUUAUUUUGAAUACUUCAAAUCCAACACCAAAACCAUCCAAGUUGGUUCCUCUGCAAUGGCCGCGCGUAUCGCAGGGCAAGCUGCCAUAUUUGGAGAUAAACACUGAACUGCGCCUAGGGUCCAGGCCGAUGCACGAGCGGAUGAGCUUCAUAGACCUUCUAUAUCACAAGGCCACAAUGUUCAAUAGAGCCCAUACCUGCAAGGAGCUGGUUUUCUGCCUUUUAGUAAUAGCACUAGAGUACUCCGAAGCUUCUCUAACAGAUAGACUAUCAGACACGGAGCCUCUCAGACCCAUAGUGCAUACUCCAGUGGGCAGUUUCCGAGGUCUUCGGGCCCCGGACGGGGAUUACUCCAUGUUCCUUGCUAUUAUGAACAAUGUUAAAGAUGUCGAUGUUUUAAUUGGCUUUAAUAAUGACGAAGAAUACGUUAAAAUCAUGACGAUGAGCAAAGAGGAAUUUGAAAGUAAAGACUUCGUAUCCGAGCUUCUCGAAGCAUAUGAUUUCAAAAAUGAAAGUAAACUUUUAGAUGAAAUGAAACAAAUCGUCAGGUCGUUUUACUAUGGUGGAGAUCUUACUGCAGAUAAUAGGAGACCGGGAGUAAACAUAUUUGCUGAUUUUAGACAAUACAAUCCGAUAUUAAGAACCGUUGGAAAGUAUUUAAAUAGUGGAAUAAACAUGUAUUUGUACAUGUUUUCAUAUUCUGGUGAAAGGAGUUUUUGCAAGGAUAAAGACAAUGUAUCGUAUACCGAGGGUGGUGCUGCGCAUGCGGAUGAGUUGGGAUAUCUGUUUGACAUUUCUUACAUGAAGGAGAGGCUGCGUGAUGAAGACAUGUUUAUUGUAGAUGUGAUGACUGAACUUUGGACUAAUUUUGCUAAAUAUGGAAAUCCGACUCCGAAACCAUCCAAGUUGGUCCCUCUGCAAUGGCCACGCGUGUCGCAUGACAAGCUGCCAUAUUUGGAGAUAAACACUGAACUACGCCUAGGGUCCAGACCGAUGCACGAGCGGAUGAGCUUUCUAGACCUUCUGUAUAAACAUAUAGGACAUUAUCAUAAGGAGCAUUCUUGGACUGGACAAUAAUACAAGGAAUUAGUUAUAAGAUUUAAAAAUUGCUGUAUUUUUAGAAACCUCUUAUAAGCACGUGGAAAUAAAAGAUAAGAAGAUACAAAUAAAAAGAACGAAGAUA